CAUAUAUUUUGGUGCUGCGCUAACCGUUUUUACAGUUGUCUUUGUCUUAUGCGAGAUUGAAUAUGAGGACCAACGAGCAUUUAUUUGUUGACGAGGAAAAAGUACUAAAACAACUAACUAACUUGAAUGUGAAUAAGAAACGUUUUGUUGAUUAAAUAGUAUUAACUUUUCAAUCGCAAUUUAGCUGUUUUCCCUUCUUCAAUAAAGCGGCUGAAACUCAUACUUUUUGGUUUCAAGGCGGUGACAGUUAGAGGCAGCGUAAGGUGACGCAGCACGCAGCCAUGGUGUUGAUCCUGGGCCGGCGGCUCAACCGCGAGGACUCGGCUGUCCGGGACUCCCCGGCGGUCAAGCGCAAGGUGUUGGACGUGGACCCCAAGGUCCUUAACAGCCACGACGUCUUCGACUUCUCCUCCGGCUCCAGCCACGCCGAGGGGGUCCUCCAGGUCUUCAACGAGUUCCGCGACAGCCGCCUCUUCACCGACGUCAUCAUCAGCGUGCAGGGCCGGCAGUUCCCCUGCCACCGCGCCGUGCUGUCGGCCUGCAGCAGCUACUUCCGCGCCAUGUUCUGCAACGACCACCGCGAGAGCCGCGAGAUGCUGGUGGAGAUCAACGGCAUCCUGUCCGAGGCCAUGGACAGCUUCCUGCAGUACGUCUACACGGGCAAGGCCAAGAUCACCACGGACAACGUGCAGUUCAUCUUCGAGACCUCCAGCCUCUUCCAGAUCUCGGCGCUCCGCGACGCCUGCGCCAAGUUCCUGGAGGACCAGCUGGACCCGUGCAACUGCCUGGGCAUGCAGCGCUUCGCCGACGCGCACUCCCUGAAGCAGCUGGCCAGCCGCUGCCGCGCCUACGCCAUGCAGAACUUCCCCGAUGUGGCCCAGCACGAGGAGUUCCUGGAGCUGAAGCGCGAGGAGCUGGAGGAGCACAUCGCCAGCGACGAGCUGGUCAUCGGCAAGGAGGAGAUGGUGUUCGAGGCGGUGAUGCGCUGGGUCUACCACGACAUGGAGGGCCGCCGGCCCAUGCUGAAGGAACUGCUCCACCACGUGCGCCUGCCCCUCCUGCACCCCAACUACUUUGUGCAGACGGUGGAGGGCGACCACCUGAUCCAGAACGCCCCCGAGUGCUACCAGCUCCUCCACGAGGCCCGCCGAUACCACGUCCUGGGCAACGAGAUGAUGUCGCCCAGAACCCGGCCUCGCAGGUCCACGGGCUUCUCUGAGGUCAUUGUGGUGGUUGGAGGGUGCGAGAGAGUUGGAGGGUUCAACCUGCCCUACACGGAGUGUUACGACCCAGUGACCGGGGACUGGAAGUCACUGGCCAAGCUACCAGAGUUUACCAAAUCCGAGUAUGCUGUCUGUGCCCUCAGGAACGAUAUUCUGGUCUCAGGUGGCCGGAUCAACAGCCGGGAUGUGUGGAUGUACAACUCCCAGCUCAACCUGUGGAUUCGCGUAGCCUCCCUCAACAAAGGCAGGUGGCGUCACAAGAUGGCCGUCCUUCUAGGAAAGGUGUAUGCCGUGGGAGGCUACGACGGGCAGAGUCGCCUGAGCAGCGUGGAGUGCUACGACUCCUUCUCCAACCGCUGGACGGAGGUGGCUCCCCUGAAGGAGGCGGUCAGCUCCCCAGCUGUGGCCAGCUGUGCCGGCAAGCUGUUCGUCAUCGGGGGCGGGCCGGACGACAACACCUGCUCAGACAAGGUCCAAUGCUACGAUCCCGAGACCAACGCCUGGCUCCUGAGGGCCAAUAUCCCCAUUGCCAAACGCUGCAUCACUGCCGUGUCCCUCAACAAUCUCAUCUACGUGGCCGGAGGCCUCACUAAAUCCAUCUUCUGCUAUGACCCUGUGGAGGACUACUGGAUGCACGUGGUGCACACCUUCAGCAAGCAGGAGAGCUGUGGCAUGUCCGUGUGCAAUGGGAAGAUCUUCAUCCUGGGGGGGAGGGGGGAGACCGGGGAGGCCUCGGACACCAUCCUGUGCUACGACCCCUCCACCGGCAUCAUCACGGGCGUGGCCGCCAUGCCCCGGCCCAUCUCCUACCACGGCUGCGUCACCAUCCACCGCUACAACGAGAAGUUCCACCGGUCCUGACCCCCCAGGCCUGCUCCCAGGGUGGAGGAGAUGAGCUGAGCCACGUGUAGCAUUCUUGUGUGUCUCGCCACCAUUUCAGAUCACAGAAUAUGGACAGAAUCAAAGGUUCACACAGUACUUCACAGUACAGUUCACACAUGGCUGGGUACAUUUGAGUACUCCCCAAACCUUAACGCAACAAAUUCUUAUCUUUUUAUCAAAUAAAUAUAUAUGAUUAGAUAUAAAGUCCAAAACAUAUUUACAGCACGUUUAAUGUAUAUAUUUACAAGUUCAUUCUACUACAUAUUGUGAAAGAAAAAACUAUUCUUUUUUGUUUUUUGCGUUCUACCAAACGUGUACCUUUUUGUGCAUUGAACAGCUCAAAAGCCAUUAAUAUGGGAGCUUUAAAAAAAAAAAAGAAAGAAUUGACAGCCUAAUAAAUUCUAUUCGUCUCAUGUGUGAUUCCAUUGUUACGAUGUGCACAGUGGAAACAAACAUUUAUUAGCUCAUACAUUUCUCAAGUAUGGCUUGACCCAGAAUGAAGAAACCGCGCAGAACGUGAACGAAAAGGACGUGUUAAAACUGGUAGCAGUCUUUGGAAAUGUGCGCAGUCGCGAUCAUCCCAGAAAACAACGCAUUCCCACCCCGUGAUGAAAUCUUUACCGCAUUUCAUGGCAGUGAUCCUCCCCAUCUUUCCGGCGAAGAGCAUUUAUCUGGUGAAAUGAUGGCGAGGUGCGGGAGUCUACGUGAGGGCCCUGAUUCUGUCCCUGUCCUGUGAUCUGAGAUUUGAGAUGCUUCAUUACCCCAUUCUCCCCUCCCUGCCAUGUGGCUGCUUCGUCAUUCAUCCAGUUAUUAUUGUCGUUUUCUAUUUUGCUAAGCACAUACUACAAUUUUUUACUGUGUUUUAAAUAUAAUGCGCGUUUCUUUUAAAUGUCGGCGUCCGUGGCGUGUUUUGCUUUGACAGCAAGAGAGAGAGAGAGAGCGAGAGAAAGGGGAGGGUUUGAGAGAGAACGAGACAUUCUACAUUAUAGUGUAAGUUUUUUUGUGUCGAAUCUUUUUGUACAGUAUGUAGCGAUUCGGGUGAGAUUUGAUGUGGUCACGCAUAUCCCCAAAGUAGAUAAGGGGACAGGGGAGGGUAAAAUAUAGGCAUAUGAAAACCUACUCGAGCAAACGGAAGAGCCAUCUGUGUAACACGAAGACACCUGUGUUCAAGGUAGAGGAAUAGCAGCAACAAACACCUUCAAACCACAACACUGUUUGUUUAUCCCUCCACCUUCUCUGUAAACGCGCUGACGUUGAAAUGCCAUUGGCUGUGAGAACCAAUUUUCUACCAAUGAGCUUGAAUUAUUGUACAGCUAUACGAUGUUUUGGUACAGAGUGCCAGCCUGUCAACUAAAUAUUUUGAAUCCCAAAUUUAAGGACUAUUAAUGCAGGCAAAGGGUGAGUCAACAUGUCAGUGAGCCUUUUUCAAUGAUAGGAAGGGAUUUACAGUGGUCUUGUAACAAGGUUUUAACACAAAAAUCUUACCUAUUGUACCUUUAAAAGGCAUGCUUUUCUUAAUGUUGGCUCACUCCAGUGUGGUUUCUCCUCUUUGUUCAGGUAACAUAGCUUUGGGUAACCAAAGAAACCUCUUGUGCCUUAUGAGAGCUCAGGGCUGUUGGGAAGAUGGUGCAGGCAUUACAUGCACUGCACAGAAAGCCUGUCUUAAGUGUUUUAGUCUUGUAAUGAGACUUAAAAUCUUAUUUUUCUUCUCUGAUGUUGAAAAUAUUAGUUUCUUUUAAGUUACUGUUUGCUUGACAAGGGACGUUUUCUUACCCCAUUGGCAAAUCUUGAAAUUGAUAAAACUUUCUUGUAACCAAAAAAGUUAGAAAAAUAAGAUUUUAAGUGUAAAUAUAAGACUAAAAUACUUGUUGAGAGUUGGUUAUUAUUUGGUUUUUGCAGUGUAAAUACAAUUUGACUGUUUACAUGGUGGGACAUAGCAAGAGCUCUGAGUGAACAUUUCCCGAUAACCCCGGUCAGUGAAUGUGGCCUGUUCUCACCUGCAUUCAGUGAACUUUAUGAGGCUGUGAAUAGGCUCUUUUUUAAAUAAUUUCUUUCCCUGGGUUUUGAGCUGGUGAUUCUUGAUUACAGUCGUUGCUCAGUCUUUAAGUGUGCAUGUUCUUUCCAUUUUGUAACGUAACAAAGAGCCCCAAUCUGUGCACUUUUGUUGCCGUUUAUAUUUUAAGAUAAUAUCACAAUGUAAAUAUUUUGUAUUCUUUCUUUUUUUCUUUUUUUUUUUACUGUAUCAGUAAAUGCUCAUGGUUUUCGUGUGGCAAGAUGUGUGAAUCCUGUCAGCACCUCCAACUGGCCACCGCAUCCCACACUUGAGGGAGAUUUGAGCUUGGACACCCCCUGUUGGAAAAUGGCAGCCAAUCAGCUACAUAACCACUGCAUCAGGGGGUCACAGGGCAAAUUACAUGAGUACAGAUAUGAGAGGGAGUGCUUAGCUGAUUUAUGUGCUUCAAUGAUCGACAGGUUGUGUCAAAACCCGGAGUUGAGUCUCCUUUACUUUUCUGAAUGUAUCUGACUGUACGGAGUAUAUUCAGGAAAGUGUUCCUCAUUUUUCUGUAUUGUCAGGGAUGUGAAAAUGCUAAGAGAAUGCACAGAAUUUGAAAUCAUUCUCAUUCUAAUACUAAACAAGGUGUGGAAAUUCACACCGUUUGGUAAGAUGCGUGCAGAGAACAUCUCUUGAGUGGUGAGCAGACAGGCUUGUAAGAAUGUGACAGAGUGUCUGUGUGUUUAGUCCUAUUUACACUAGUGGCUAAAUGAUAUGUCCUAAUCUUUUUUUGUAUAUAUAUUUUAUUUGCAUUAUUUUCAUGGUUGUGUUUACUGUGGUCUUCUAUAAGUUUAUUUUUUGCUAUUAUUACUAUUGUUUUUGAUUCAUGUUGGGUUAUUACUUAUAUUUUGUUGGGUUGUGACAAUUUUUGAGCCCUAUGUUUUGUUUUGGUGGGCCACAUAUCUAGGCUGAUUCUAUUGAGGGACUGGUCGCACAGGACAUGGAUUGAGAAGGUGGUGGGGUGUAAUACAAUAUGGAACAUUUAUAUCUACUGGUCAACAGUUCUGACAGUCUGGUAUUUAGGAGUGAGUUGAUAGUGUUACUGCCAACACCACACCUGCCCCCACAAUCUGACUUCAAGAGUGUGCCAAGAAUGAGCCUUCUCUUGUAAUCCAUGUUCACUGUAUCCCGGGGAACUCUUUAUGGCCUCUUGUUAUCCAAAACAAUGUAAUUCUGUGUACAGUCUGACCAUUAAUCCAGUGUGUCCUUCCUUUCUGUUGCUAAUGCUGUAUUUAUACGAGUUUGUCUGGUGUAUGUGUGCGAAUGUGACUCGUGUAGAAAUUCCUACAGAUAGAUUUGUGGAUUCAGAUCGUUCUGUCAGAAUUCCUGGAAAGAAAUAUGGGGAAAUGAUGUAGGAAAUAAGUCUCGUAGGACUCAUGUGGUGGAAAAACUAUUUUUUGUCUUCCGAGACUUGGGGAUUUUUUUUGUAAAACUUGGUUCUAGAAAGUGCCUUUGAUUGUUUGUGGAGGCACCGUGAUAUUGGGAGAAGAACUGGGCCUCUCCUGGAGGAGUGGAAAAAAAGAGGGACAAUGUGAGGGCGGCUCUGGAAUGCUAGAAGAUUCCGUUACAGAAUGGUGGAAAGACUGCCAGUGGAGACAGGCCUGUUGAAACAACACUCACUGUCUGAGGAAGCAUAGCCAUUGUGACAUCAGUGGGCAUGAUGACUGGAGUGACCCAGAUUGGAGGAUUCUGGGAGAAGUGGGCGGGGCGAGCUGCAUGGCUUGCAGAUGUAGCCUCGUUGUUUUUUUGCCCCAGCAUAGGCGAUCUUCCUGAUCCAGGAGAGGAGGGGAAGCCGUGGCUCCAUUAAAAAAAUUUAUUAACAUUUUGCAUCAAUUAUUAAGCCAGUAUUAGACAUGUGGCUGUGUAUCUGUAUGUCUGAGGUCUUAACUUGUUCCCCUCAACCAGCUACUUUUAAAAAUGACUGUGUGAGUGGUAGGCUAUAUUUUUAAUGCCUGUACUCAUAGCUAUAUUAUUGAUGCCUUAAUAAAUUUUCUUUAUGUAAA